CCCCCUCUUCCCUCUUUUAGCGUGACGUAUUUGUGGACGACCCCAAAAUGUAUAUUCUCUCAACAUAAAUAAAAGUCAAUAUUAUUAACAUUUUGUAGUUUAUGAAAAUGUAUUGCAAAUUAUGUGAUGGAAGUUUAGAAGAAGAUAAUUUACAAAAAAUUUGCACUAACUGUGGAACUGUUCAAGAAAUAGACUUUAGAGAUCGAGCAGCCGUAGCGCACUUGCCUCAGAAACAAAGUAUCCGUGGUUCAAACCCCCACCUCUUUUCGUAUCAUAUUUUAUUGGAUAAACUUUUGCUUUAAUGUUUACAAUAGUAAAAAUGGAAUGUUCUUAGUUGAUAGUGUUGGCAACAAUGGAAACGAGUUUACGUAUUUUGAGUCAAAUCAAUCCAGUUCAUAUUCCUAUAAAAUGUUUGUAAAGCUUUUUAAUUCUAUAUCUUCACAGUUGACUGGAGGACCAAAAGUUGUUAUUCCUGAGGCAACUCUACUAUUACCAAAGCUAUGGAGUUAUAUAAAAACUCAUAAGAUUAGGGACAAAAAAGCAUUUUUGUAUGCUCUGCUUUACUUACUUUAUCGACAAAGAGUAAGUGCAGCUAUUUCUGUGAACCAAUUCUGUAAAACCUCCGGAUUUGAUAAAUUUUUGCAUAAGCAUGCUGCCAUGCUCCAAGACUGGUUUGAAUUGCCGAUCAUGACUGAAGAUAAAAUAAGUGUUAUUUCUGAAACGAUCAGAGAAACUGUGCAGGUUUCAUUUAAAAAACCAAAUCCUGUUCUGAUAAAGGAAACAGAAGGAUUAGCUCUACGUAUAGGCAAAGUGAUUCAUGAACAAGGUUUGUAUAACAUUGCUUCUUCAAGUUAUGUUGCAUGUGUUGCUGCUGCCGCCUGCCAUAUAUCAUCUGAAUAUAUGUAUAAAAAUCAAAAAUGUAAAAUAAAAUUGACAGGAGUUAAUACUGGAUGGUUCAAUUUUGAGAAAGUGUGUUCUUAUCUUUGUAUCGGAAAAUUUUCACUAUGGAAAGUUUUAAGAGAAAUAAAACAAAAGUUAUUUGAAACUGCAAUGAAGUUGCCUGUGAAAUGUCCCCCUUCAGUUAAACGUUAUAAUGAUGUGUACAUAGUUAUUCAAGAUAUAUGCGAUUAUCUUGAGUAUUAUAAAGAGGAAGACACCACUGAUGACAUAGCUGUAAAAACUCCAGUAAUUCCAUUAGAGUUAAAAAAAUGUGUUAUACGUUCCCUAAAUAAAUUACUUUUUUCAAAUGCAGAAGUUAAACAUGAACAUUCAAAGGUUUCAAAAUCUAAGAUUGGCUUACAUCAAAAGUCAAGCUCUUAUGAUAUAAAUUUUAAAAAACUUAAGCUCCAAAUUAUAGAUGAUUUUGUAUCAAAUGGGGUGGCUUGUAAAAUUUUAAAUGAAAACGUAAACAACAUUUCUGAAAAGGAUAUAAUUCUUGAUAGAUCUGGCAAUUUUGACAUUGGUGGUUACUCAAUUCGACGCGAGGUGUUAGAAUUUAUAAGGGAUAUUUUAAGAGCAGGCUGUUCUUUAGAGGAAUUAUAUAUAAAUGAUUUUGUAAGUCUAUCCAAACAAUAUCUUGAGAGAAUAGAAAACGAAGAGAAUUUAUCUGAACUUUCAGACAAUGAGUUAGAAUUGUACUUUAAUGACUCUUUUGUUGAGUCGCAGAAUAAAAAAAUUAGAAUCUCUUAGCAUAUUUAUUUUCACUAAUUAGCAUUCGAUACAGCUUUAAUGAUUAGUAAUUAAUUGUUGUUUAUAUUUUUAUCACACUAGAAUUAUUAAAUUAGAAGCAUAUUUUUUGA